AGGUGAGUUAUGAUACCACGAGAAGCGCCCUCUACCGCCGACACCAAUCCGUUCAUAUUAAAACCACCUGCUAAUCAGAAUAAAUGUAGAACUAUUCGCUGCUUUUGACAUUCCGUUAUCUUUUGGGAACAUUUUUCAAGAGAAGUUCAACAUUUGAAAAUAAUAUCGUUAGACUCAGAAUGAAAAAUUCCAAUCAGAUUACCUGUACUCUUUGUGUGUUUGCUCUAAUCAUCUGUGCAAAUGAAGCAUUCGAUGUUCCAGAAGCCAGCGUCAUGGAGGAUCUGCUGAAUUAUGAAUACAACAAGGAGGCCAGACCUGCUACGGUCCAAAACCCAGUGGUGAAGGUGUCUCACCAACUGACCGUAAACAGAGUGAUAAGUCUGAAAGACGAUUUACUAGUGAUUGACACGUGGCAGGUGAUCACGUGGAUGGAUCCUAGGCUUGUCUGGGAUAAGUCGUAUUAUGAUGAUUUGGAGUCGAUCAAUCUUGAUCCCAAAAGAUUGUGGAAACCCGACAUCGUUAACUUCAACAACGCUGGCGGUAACUCUGGACUCAUUUACGAUAACCUUCCUUUGGUAGUAUAUCACACCGGACAAGUGGCGUACAUACCUCCCACACGUCUGACGUCACAAUGCAAACCACAUAUGGAUGUGUUCUACUGCAUAUGGACAUUUGGUUCCUGGUCACACAACAUUAAAAAGAUGGACUUGAACAACACUCAUGGUAAAUUAGACUUGUCCGAGUACGAAGAAAGUUCUAGGAUUGUAAUAGUAGAUUCGUCCGUUCAGAGAAGUCUGAAGAAAUAUCAAUGUUGUCCAGAUUCUUACGCCGUAGUGACAUAUAAUCUCACGAUCAAGUGGAAAGACACCGACAGAUUCAGAGGCCUCGAACCGUUGCAGAUGCCCAAAAUGUCCUAUACCACUGCUAAAAGUAUGUUCCAAAAUGACGAGCAUGUUGAGUCCCCCUUUGUACAUGCAGAAGAUAUGAUAACGGAGCCUAAUUUGGGGAAUUUCACGGGAGAAUUUCUUGGAACCGAGGAUACUGAACACAGCAACGGAACCAUUAAAGCCCUAUCUGACAAAGGGCAAAGUGCAUCAGAAUCAGUUGACGAAAAUGACAAAACACCUGUUCAUUCUGAGAGUGAAAGCAUAGAAGAAAUUGCCACUCCUUCCGAAGCCCCAGCUGACGAACAGAGUGAGAAGCAGUUGCUUGAUGACGUAAAGGGGGACGAACAUGCAGACCAGACUAAACAUGUUGAAGGAGAAAAGAAAUCUACAGAAAAUCUGAUGGAAAACCGGAAAUAAACCGUGAACACGAACGAGUUAAGACAGUUGGGAUAUUUUCAUUCCCUCAACGAACAAGACGUGGUUGAAGCGGUUGUAGUAGUUCAUCAAAUUGGAGUUUAGCAAAUGUAUUCUUUUUUUAACUUGUUGAUAAUAUUGAUAAUACAAAUAAAAUUAUCUACGUUUCAGACAAUGACACUUAAAAUUACAAAAAAGCUUUUACAACCCAUAUUUUUGGAAUAAUGUGAUAUAUUUAUAUGUACAAGUUCACUUUACCCGGUGAUAAUUUGCAUUUAUGUAUAUUUUGCGCACUCAUACUUCCGGUGCUAAAUAAAUUGAUUUAUUUUAUGCGUUCGAUAUAAUUGUGUUGUUGUAUGCAUUGACCGAAAUCAAUUUGCUUCAACUACUUCAUUUUUUAAACCAAAGUCAACAUUUCCUUAAUAUUUUUUCCCACUUACUGUAUAACAACAAUAAUCUGUAAUACCUUAUUAUAUCAUUUGUUACAUAUAAUUCAGGGGCGGAUUUAUUUACUGUGGUUAGGGUGGUGCAACUUUAUGAAGCAGGGGGUCUAAGGAUCGCCUUGAGGCCCUCAUUGGGUCCAGGGCGAAGUCCUGGUGGGGGUCUAGGGGUCGAAGCUCCCGAAUUUUAAGAUUUUAUAAGGCUUGAAAUAUGCUUCCUCUGUAUAGUCAUUUUUACAAUUUUUUGUCAUUUUUAAUAUGGUGAAAUUAAUAAAAUGACGCACAUUUUAAGGGUUUUUUGCAAAAAAAUGUAGGUUCUCCCAAUAAAAGUAAUUCAAUAAAUAAAAAGAUUUUGUCAUUUAUUUCUCUAAGAGUGGAAGAAAUUAUUGCUUCUUUUAUCGUUUGCGUUUUUCUAAACAAGAGACCACGAUUGACCUUAAAUUAGAAUUAUUUUAAGGUGGGUGGGUGGGUGCGCCCGCUUAAAUCCGCCACUGUGAUUAUUAUGAAAAUGUGGUGCAUUGUAAUCUCAUUGAACAGUGAACUUUGAACAAUGAUUGAAAUUUUGUAUUGGAAACAUUAGGCUUACAAUAUCAUUGUAACAUACAAUACAAUAUGUUUUGAUUAAUCAUGUUGCAUCAUUUCGAUCAUAAGAUUAUUAUGGAGCGUGUACAAUGAAAACAAUAUCAUGCUUUAUCUAACAUUAGUAGUUCUAGGAUGCUUUGUAUUGUUAAACGAUGCUAGAAUUGUCUUAGAGUAUUUGAAUUAUGACUAUUCUGUAAAAAUGUUAUAUACAUAUUAUACUCGUAUAUAAACAAAGCAUGCAAAUGUAAAUUUUGAAGAAGAAAAAAUUACAUAUCAUAAAUUCAUAUUGAUGAAUGUCAAAUAUUUGCUAGUAACAAUUUCAUCGUUUUGUAUAAGUCAGUCAGACAUGCACACAACGAUAUGUGUUUAAUCGUUUGGAAUAAAAUCUAAAUCUAUAAAAA